AUGUCGGAAGCACUCGCGAGUCGCGUUGUGCUUUACGUACAUGAAUUACUUCAUUCGCCUACAGCUGACAACAUAAUGGUACAUGCGCACAGUCUUUUCGCGCGCCUGGGCUUCCCAGAGCCAUACCCGGACGCUGAGCGUCUCGCAAUCGCGCUAGUCACAGGCAUUUUUACCUUACUUGCUUAUUUUGUGCUUUUUGGUAAACGUCAUCGCAGAAGAAGGCAGGCGCUGCAAGAAGAAUUGGACUCGGCAUACCAUAAGGUACAGGAGCUGCAGUAUCGCAUGGCUCAGAUGGAGGUAGAGGAGCGUGAUAAGCCUCCCAAGGAACAGAUUCGUAUCUGGAUGGAUGGGGCUUUUGACAUGAUGCAUUACGGACACAUGAAUGCUUUUCGUCAAGCUAGGUCGUUAGGUACUUACCUUGUAGUUGGUGUAAAUGAUGAUGAAUCUAUUACGGCUUGCAAGGGUGCACCUCCCGUGCUUAAUAACGAAGAGCGUAUUGCGUCAGUGGAGGGUUGCAAGUUUGUAGAUGAAGUGGAGCCACAAUGUCCGUAUAUAAUGAAUGAAGAUUAUCUGCAGCGUAUGAUAAAAAAACACCGUAUCGAUUACGUGGUGCAUGGGGAUGAUCCUUGUAUCGUCGACGGCAAGGAUGUGUAUGAGUCAGCUCAAAAGCUUGGCAAAUACAGAACAAUUCCUCGUACCGAAGGUGUAUCCACAAGUGAUAUUCUAGGACGAAUGCUCGUGAUGCACAAGACUCACCAUAAGCAUGACCACUUUGCUGCUAAUGGGCAAUUAUCGUCGCGUAUUUUACAGGAUAAGAAAGCAAAAGAACGUCCAUCCAAGUUUUUGACGACAAACCGUAUGCUGCGAUUAUUUUCUGUGGGUAAUCAUGAGCCUUCCAGGACUGACAAAAUCGUGUAUAUUGAUGGCGCGUUUGAUAUGUUUCAUGCUGGCCACGUCGAGAUUUUGCGUCUGGCUAAGCAGGAGGGGUCGUACUUGAUUGUAGGUGUACACAAUGACAGCGUAGUCAACGCCCAUCGUGGUCUCAACUAUCCAAUUAUGAACCUUCACGAGCGUGUGCUCAGUGUGCUUGGCUGCAAGUAUGUGGAUGACGUACUGAUCGAUGCACCCUGGCACGUGACACCUGAAAUGAUUGCAUCGCUAAAUAUUUCUGUCGUUGUGCAUGGAACACAUCGGGAUCAGCACCACUUACCAGAAUUUUCAUUGGAGGAACAUUAUGAGCAUGCACGCAAAGCUGGCAUCUUCAAAUUAAUCGAAAGCCCCAAUAAAUUGGACGUGAAUGACAUCGUGGCACGAAUUAACGAUAAUCGUGAACGUUUCGAAAAGAAGUUUGUGAGUAAGAUGAAAUCGGAGGAAGAGUACUACGCGGACCGCUACGGCAUGACAAAAUCCACUCGUCAAGGUGCUCGUUUGCUUGCGGCGCUACCACUUACUGCUAUUACAUUAGUUUCAACGCUCUGCGUCUCGAAUCUGGCGAUGGAGUCUGCUGACGCCGUAAAGGCAGAGGAAUACUACAAUGACACAUCUUUUGAUCGUCGUGAGCUACUUAAUAAGCUUAAAGAGAUGCACGGUGCUCAUCCUGAAGAUGUCGGUGUAAUUUGGCGUCUCACCCGCGCUGCUUAUGAUGUGUCAAAGCUCAAAGCCACCAGCGCUGAUGAGACGAAGGAGCUAACGUAUUAUGCUCGCGACAUCAUCCAGAAGGGUCUAGAGCUCACGACGGACGUGGCCCCAGUACACACCUGGUUUGGAAUCAUCCUGUCAUCGAUUGGAGACUAUGAGGGCUCAAAGGUUUCGAUUGCCAACUCAUUUAAGAUAAAAGAUCAUUGGGAGAAGGCAAUAAAGAUUAAUCCAUCGAACCCCACGCCGUAUUAUCUGUUGGGUCGUUGGUGUAUUGCAAUUGCUGAUCUAUCAUGGUUAGAGCGCAAGGCAGCAGCAGUUCUGUUCGGUACGCCACCCGAGUCCUCUUACGAUGAAGCGCUAGAUUAUCUACUUAAGUCAGAGGAGCUCGCUCCUGACUCAUGGAAGAAGCGUUCGUUGCUUAUUGCUCAAGUAUAUCAAAAGAAAAAAGAUGCGAGUAAGGCUAAGGAGUGGGUAAAUAAGGCACUGGCAAUCCCCGUUUGCGUUGAGGAGGAUGAAAUUGCGCAUGAAGAGGCUCAAGCUUUUCUAAAGAAACUCUAG